AUGGUCGACUUGCUGUGCCGAUGUAGCGCAGAUGUAGACAUGCAGAAUAACAUCGGACAGAGUGCACUUCAUUUUGCUGCCACCGGAGGAUAUACAGAAUGUGCUUGCCACCUACUGAAUAAGGGUUGCCGUUUAGAAAUUGCCGACAAGUUCCUUUUAUUCCUUUUUUAUGGUAGAGCCGCUGCUUUAGAAUGCCUUUUCAAUUAUCUCAGUCUGCUUCGCUCCCUGAAAGUCAUCAUAUGGUGCGUGUCGCAGGGAGCGGACAAGGAUAAGAUAAGGGACUGCUUGGAUGGCCGAACGCCGCUGCACCUUGCACUUCAACACCGCCAGGUUGAAAUUGCACUUGUUCUCCUCAAACGAGUUUCCAAUUUGAAUAGUCAGGAUAAGGAUGGUAACUCAUUGCUGCACGUCGCCGCCUAUGAAGGCGUGCUGCCUGUGGUUCAGUUUCUGUGUGAAUCUGGUGUCAGCAUUGAUGUGUUGAAUCACGAUAGCAUGACUGCUCUACAUUUAGCCUCGAUCGCAGGCCAGGAUGAAGUAAUACGUGUUCUUUGUCUGAAUGGCUGCAACAUUGAUGUCAGAAACAAGGACGGAUUAACAGCCGAAAAUCUGGCACGCCUUUAUCAUAACCUGGAAAUUGCUGAUCUCCUGAAAAAACUGAAAAGCCAUCAGCUGCGCGACUUGUUCAUUCAGCAGAUGGUACCUAGCGGCAGUCAUAUGCGACGGAUCAAGCUGAAAGUGUUCGGUAGUUGUGGAGCUGGCAAAACGAAGCUACUCGAGGCUCUUCGUUCAGGUAUGAUCGGUAACUUCUUCCGUCGCAUCAGCUGUAGUUCUCCUCGUGAGGAACUGAACCCUUUGGAGAAAUUGGCGAAUCGUGGCGAUAUGCCCUUUCAUUCGAACUACACAAAAGGCAUUGAGGUUUACAAUGGUGCCAUUCAGGGCGGGAGUGAGUUCUCGUUUUGGGAAUAUUCCGGUUUCUCUUCUUACUUUUGCGUUUAUGACUACUUCAUUGGCGACGUCAGUUGCAUUCAUCUGAUCGUGUUUCGCGUCACUGAUUCGAUGGAAGUGCAGUAUCAGACAAUAUUAUUUUGGCUUAACUUCCUGAAAAAUUGUUUGCCGUCAUCAGAACCAAUUGGUUAG